CAGCUUUUUGGAAAAUCGGUGUUGCGAAAACUCGAGGAAAAUAUGGCGAGUGAAAAAUAGAAAAUGGAAAUGGACACCGUUUCGACUCUUUCGUAGAGAAUCUUUCGAGGCAAAUCGGUGCGUUUUAUGGAAAAUAAGAGAGGAAAGAGAUAUAGCAAAGAGAAGGAAACAUGUUGUCGGUCGCGUCCACGUACAAUCUACGUACGAGAUGCGGCGUUCAGGAGUCCUCGAGCGUGGACGUAUCUGCACGUUCCCGACGGUCCGCCAUCCCAACCACGUGGGCCAAUUUGACGCAUUACGGUUACAGAAACAGAAGCUUCGAACCGAGCAUAGAUUUCGAGGAGAAACCGAUAGAAGCUUGUCACGCUUUAUACUUUCUACUGGAUUUCUUUCAUCAGUACUACAUUCCCUCCAUCAUUUUGCUAGGCUUGGUAGGCAAUCUGUUGUCCUGCGUCGUCUUUCUAAACACGCAUCUGAGAAUACGAAGCUCCAGCUAUUACCUGGCCGCCCUGGCCACCGCCGACUUUGGCUUCUUAGUCACCUUGCUUUUUGUUUGGUUGAACAACACGCUAGGAUGGAAGGUGUUCAAUAAGGAGGGUUGGUGCGAAACGUUGGUCUACGUGAGCGCCGUCUGCAGCUCUUUGAGCGUCUGGUUGAUCGUCGCGUUCACGGUGGAGAGAUUCAUAGCUGUUCAAUACCCUCUGCACAGACCUCAUAUAUGCACUAUAGCCAGGGCAAAGACGAUCGUGCUGGUGUUGGUGAUUCUGGCUUUGGCCAGUCAUUCCUACUCCUUCGUCACGGCUGGAGUGAUCAACAGGGACGGUGAAGAUUAUUGCGAUCUGAAGGUCGAAUACUUGGAGACGAUGAAGAUAAUCAGCAUAAUCGACAGCAUCGCCAGUCUGAUAGCGCCGCUCGUACUCAUCAUCGUCAUGAACACUAUGAUCAUGAGGAACUUGUUGAGGUUCAGCAGGCGAUUCAAGCAGUCUUCGACCACGUCCACGGACUGCCCGAGCAGAGAACAAUCGGACAUCAAUCUGAAUCAGAUUCCGAGUGCCGGCAGCAGCAACAACGGGGCUGGCGGCAUUAAUCUGGGACCAGUGGUCGGAGGCCGACGGCCGCCAUCGCAGCAAUCCUUUCACUCGUCCAAGAACAACCAUUCUCAUCACUCUCGGCAUCAAACCACGUCCGCGCCGCCAUCAACCCCACGAAACGCUUGUCAGUUACCCGAAAUAGCAACUCGCUGUAUACAUAUUAGAUCGUCCUCGAGGAAUCUCGUGUCAACGAGGAAUCAACAGAGCAUCACGAAAAUGCUGCUUCUCAUCAGCACCGUUUUCAUUCUUCUCAAUUUGCCAAGCUACGUGAUCCGAUUGUGCGUAUUCUUCUUCACGCUGGCCCGCAAGAACACGCCCGAUCUGCUCUGGUGUUUGCAACAGUUCUUCAUGCUCCUCUAUUACACCAACUUCAGCAUCAAUUUCUUAUUGUACGCAAUGUGCGGCAUCACGUUUAGGCGUUGUCUGCAACAGUUGCUGCGCAAGAUACUGAAAACCAUGACCAGGUACCACUGCAAUCUACGACGAUACAUAUAGGAGCGACGGAAACGUUUUCGAGCAAAUCCAAAUAUCCGAAUUGCGUCGCGCGACGCGCACGACCAUUACGUUCGGCCGUUUCUCACCCUCGUUGUUUCAUUCGCGAACGCGGAUCUUCGUCGCCGUUCGAUUCGACUGUUCGCCAUCGGUUUGCUUCGACGAGCAAAACGACGCGUAUAACGAACCAGCUAUCUCGACUCGAUCAAAUAUCCAUGUCGAAUCGCUUUGUUCCGCUGUCGGAGGUACUAAGCGUAAAAAGUCUGAGAAACGUUCGCUGCUACCGUUGUUCGAUCGUGUAGGCGAGAAACGAUAAUAGAAAAAUCGUUUACCACGAUUACCGGUUAAUCGACUAUGGGCUGACAGACACGCGUUUUCAUCUUUGCAAAAUCUUUUGAAACUUCGAGAGUAAAUGGCCGACCCUCGAUGAAACAAAUUAUACGCGAUUAUAUGCGAUUACCGAUGGUUUAAAUAAGUUAAAGGCGAUUCUGUUAGUCGUAUUAGCCUAUCCGGGCGAGUACGUGUCUCGCAUACAUAUCCUAUUCUGUCCUAUUCGAAACAGGAUAAGAGGAUAUUACGUUAAAAGCAAAAGGACAAACUUGUAACUUUCAACGACCUCGACACCUCGGUUUAAUACACACGUAUCUAGCAUAGCAUCCAUCUCGGAACGUUGCAUGGAAAAAUUCGCAGACUCGGUGUAAAAUUCGUUAUUUCUAUGUGGCAUCUACCUGUAUCGUGGAAACUACGUAUCGAUUAUAGAAAUUAGACAAAUUAUACGAAACUACACGUGUAUCGUUACGCUUUGUCAGCGCUCCGACGUUCGAUCAAAUUUCCCACUUGGAACGUUCGACCGAAUUACCAACAUAAGUAAACGAUAAAUGUCUCAACGUCUUCUAAACGUGUCUUCGUUUAAAUUAUUAAUUAUUUGUCUCUGUCUGAAACUUGAAAACUGUCGAGCGUUUAAAAUUCAAUGGCUACCUAAUUACCUAAUUACCUAAUUACCUAAUUACCUAAUUAUCUAAUUACCUAAUUACCUAACUACCUAAUUACCGAUAGAGUAAAACUCGGCGUAAUCGAUACGCGAACGCGCCGAGUCGGGUUACGAAACGAAAAGAUUACUCUGAUAUAAUCGAUCGUUCGCUAGGUAAUUGGAAAGAAAAAGCUUUGUAAACAUUGUUAUUACGAACAACGUCGAUGUCUAUCUCGAGGGAAUUCUUGCACUAGCUGUAUCGUGUGUAGAGUCGUUGAGAAAACUGGAAAAUCCGCGUUUCCGCUUUACGUCGUAUUGUAUUACCUUCCUAACUAAGAUUCCUUCGAUACUUGCGUAUCGUAAACGUAAAGAAAGUCGGCGCAAAUUGAAUUUUUCAACUUUUAUUCCAUAUCCGUAGAUAUUUCGUGCGUAUAGGAUGUCUCAAAGAUACGAGACAAAUUCGUUAUUAUACAAAAUUGCCUACGACAAAGAAAACCUAAAACCGAUACAUUUGUAUUAUCUUCCAAACACCGUUUUUUAGCGAAUUAUGUGAAUUAUAUACGUAUAAAUAGCGAAAUACGUAGGUAAUUGUUUUAUUGUUUAUAUCGAGUUGUAGAAAUCGUUUUCGCGUUGCUCGAAGGCUGGAUUUCCAAGGAACAGCACGUUUACCGAUAAUUAGCGUAAAAGGAAUCGCUACUGUAAAUAUCUCGACUAACGACUAACCGUAUAAUUUAUAUAUAAGGUAAAUAUUUUUAAAUAUACCUCAGACACUGAAAAAAUUGAAA